ACAGAACCGUUUAGUUUAUGAAUGAAACAAUGUCGUGACUUUAAAUUAUUCGUAUAAGCAACGAUUUCUUUUUUUUUCUUAUUUCUAUAAAAAAUGUCGAUAGGAGAUUAUUUAGAUGUCAUCUUGUUAGGAGUUGAUUCGCUGGUAGCGUUUGCGUUCUACAGGGCUUACAAAUCUAUCCAGCAUGAAGCUCACCUCGUUGAAACAGCCCCCUGUUAUGAAAUAGGCAAGCAGUUGAAUGAUGCAAUAAAUGAGGCUCCUAACAAAUGUCUCCCAUAUGUCACGAUAGUUGGGAGUGUGAAAGCCCUGGAGCAUCCUGUGACCGGGGUACAGUCAAGUUUGUCAGGUGUGCUGACCUGUAGUGAGAUGUUCGAGCACAGAUCCAUCAGAUCAUCUGCUGGAUGGCACGACGUUUCAAACAAACUGACGACAUUCACUGAUGCCUGCCGGUUCUCCCUGGUCAACCCUUGCUUUGAAGCACCUGAGCAACUUGCGGCAGGCUGCAUCGAAGUGACGAACGUGAUGGACUCUGAUUACUUGCUGGACAGCUUGCCCGUUGUAUACUCCAGCUACGAACCUUUCCGCGGGGGCACUCUGACUCGCUGUCUGGACGUUAUCACGGGCAACUUAAUCCGCGGUCAUCACCUCACAGAACGAAUUUUAAAGGAAGACGCCACGUUACUGGCGGUCGGUCGGGUGUGUGCCACUACCACACCGACCUCACAAGUAUCGAUCAAAACCGGAUUUUGUUUGAAUCCUGGCCUGCAGAUUGGACCGCCCCUAGAUAGCAACUGCCCCUUUGUGCUGAGUUUGAUGAAUAAGAACCAGGUUGUUGAGUCUAUCAGAGGCAGAUCUCAGUGCUACAAAGUAACCUGCUACAUAUUCAGUAUCAUCGGUGUUGGCUUGUUGGGCUACAUCGCCUACAGACUAUCAAAGAGAUGGAAGUUGUUUGGUAAGGACACGUCGGAAACAGGUGUUAAUCCGAGUUUGUCGAUACUGGCGGAAUCAGGUCAGCCGGCUGACUCGCCGUGCGUCAUAUGUUUGACGCGCUUCAAGGAGCUUGUCCUCAUGCCAUGCCGUCACAUGUGCGUUUGCUCCGCUUGCUACGACAACAUCAUCACUCCCAAAAAAUGUCCCAUCUGUAGGGCGGAUAUGAAUUUGGAGAAGUUUAUCAGCCAUAUAACAACCGACAAUAAUUUGAACGACGAAAGUAAAAUACAGAAAAUGGAUGAAUUCAUCGAAGAUUAUGAAGUAAAUUUCAUAAAAGAUAAGAUUAUGUCACAACACAUGGUCAGAAAUGGAACAUGGGUUGUUGAAAAACCUGAGGAGUCAAUAAAGAACAAGGAAGUUAACACGGAGAAUAAAUCGAAAAUUCUGCACGACGACCUGAUGAUUUUGUGGAAGAAGAUAGAGUAUGCCAGAAGUGAGCAGGAAAAGAAGAUGAUGAAACUGAGAGAAUAUUCUGAAAAAAUUGAGCGAAUGAUUCAUCACGUGGAAGUGUCCUGCGGGGACUACCAGCUCCUCUGGAAGGUUCGAUAUUUCGAUCAAGCUGCGAAGGAUGCCAAAGAUGGCAUAAAAGUGAGCAUAUUGAGUCCUGUAUUUGAUAGCCACCGAAAUGGGUACAAGAUGCAGCUCAAUCUCUAUCCCAAUGGAGAAGGAGAGGCCCGACACACCCACGUCUCCAUGUUCAUCACCGUGAUGAAGGGUGCAUCUGAUUCAUUCCUUCCUUGGCCAUUUGAGUGUCCAAUCACAUUCGCUCUUAUCUGCCAGAACCAGAAGCAACGCCAACAACAUCUACAACAGCAGCAACUACAACAACAGCUAGAGCAUUCACAAAAGCAGCACAACCAUUCGGACGAAAUCGUGAAAACCUUCGAAAGCGAACACGCGAAAAAAGCAAAUUUGACAAAAACAGAGAUCCCAUCAUUUGCUUCCAUGCCAACAUCCGCAACAUUUUUAUCAUUUCCAUCGGCAGCAUCAAUACCACUUUCAUCACAUUCCCUCAAUGAUCAUGUCUUCAUGUUUAAUCCGAAGUCUGACCAGAGUUAUGAAGAAUAUUUUAAAAAACCAGUAGAGGAGAAAAACAAAAGUAUAUCGGAAUUCAUAUCUCUCAAUGAUUUAUACGGAGGUGGGUUCGUUGAAAAUGAUUGCAUAUGUAUUAAGGUUUUGGUAGACGUCUCAAGGAUUUAA